UGCGCGCUCACGGGGACUGCGCCUCCCAGAAGCCUUCGCGUGUCGUCCUCCUCGCCCUCCAGGCCGCUUCUCCUGCCGGAGUCCGGUGUUCUCCGCCGCCGUUGUUCGUCCACCGCCGCUACCAUGCUGCCCGCCGCACUGCUCCGCCGUCCGGGCCUGGGUCGCUUGGUGCGCCAGGCGCGCGCCUACGCCGAAGCUGCCGCUGCCCCGGCUCCCGCUGCCGGCCCGAGCCAGAUGUCCUUCACCUUCGCCUCUCCCACACAGGUGUUUUUCAAUGGUGCCAAUGUGCGGCAGGUGGACGUUCCCACGCUGACCGGAGCUUUUGGCAUCCUGGCGUCCCACGUGCCCACCCUGCAGGUCCUGCGGCCUGGACUUGUUGUGGUCUACGCCGAAGAUGGCACCACCACGAAGUACUUCGUGAGCAGCGGGUCAGUCACAGUGAAUGCUGACUCCUCCGUGCAGCUGCUGGCUGAAGAGGCUGUGACACUGGACAUGUUGGACCUGGGGAUGGCCAGGGCGAACCUGGAGAAGGCACAGUCGGAACUGUCGGGGGUUUCGGAUGAGGCUGCACGUGCAGAAAUCCAAAUCCGAAUCGAGGCUAACGAGGCCUUGGUGAAGGCCCUUGAGUAGGUGGUGCGUGCUCCUCUUCACCCUGGAAACCAAGGCCAGGCCAAGGACCCCCGGGGCAGGUGGAGCCAGUGCCCUGGCUGGCCUCUUGGGGCAUGGUCUGCAGAUCUUGGAAUCGAGCUUGCUUCGAUGGCCACCAGGGUGCAGUACAGACUGACUCAUGCCCAGUGUUCAGGCCUGGCCAUGGGGCCUGACACCUUGCAAGGUGUCCUGAUGGCCACUCACCACCACCCCGCCCACACACCCUGCCUUGGAGACCUGCCUGCUCCAGCCUCUGACCCCAUUAAAGAUGGGGAUUCCUA